AUGGGCACAACUUUUAUAAUUCUAGGGACAUCCAUACUGGCUAUAUUUUUAGCUGGAUAUUUUGCUCAGAAAUAUCUGCCUCCACCAAAACCUAAAAUAUUUGGUGUAGAUUUAGGGACGACCUAUUCCUGUAUAGGAAUGUAUCAUGCUAUAAGUGGCCAUGUUGAUAUAUUAAAAGUUCAAGAUGGUCAUAAAUGUAUACCCAGUGUAGUAGCCUUCUGUGAAAAGGGUAUACUAGUAGGCUAUCAUGCUGUUGCACAAUCAGAACACAACCCCAAAAAUACACUGUAUGAUGCUAAACGUUUUAUAGGAAAAGUUUUCAACAAGUCAGACUUAGAUAGCUUACGGAAACGCUACCCAUUUCAGUUAGAGUUAGAUGACCAUGGUAUGAUAAGUUAUGUUGUGAAUGUCAAUGAUACAGUACGACGUAUAUCACCAGAGCAAGUAGGCUCUAAUAUCAUCCACACAUUACGUCAGGCAGCCAUUGCUAACGUCAGUUCACCAGUUGAUAAUGUUGUUAUGUCGGUUCCAGCAGAAUUUAAUCAGCUACAGAGAAAUUAUACCAGAAAGGCUGCCAAUCUAGCAGGUCUGGAGGUGUUAAGAAUAAUCAAUGAACCGACAGCAGCUGCUAUGGCUUAUGGUUUACACAAACAUCCCAACAUGCAGACUAUAUUAGUAGUAGAUCUAGGAGGGGGUACACUAGAUGUUUCUAUAUUGAUGGUACAAGGUGGAAUGUUCCUUACACAAGCUAUGGCAGGUAAUAAUCAACUUGGUGGUCAAGAUUUUAAUCAAAGAUUAUUACAAUAUUUAUUACAACAGAUCAAUCAGAAAUUCUCUCGGCCGCUCGUUGAUAAAGAAGAUGCUCAAAUUUUACGAAAUCAGGUGGAGGAGGCCAAGAUUAAUCUGACCAACUCAGACCGUGCAUUUAUACACAUUAAACUUCAUUCCUUUGACAAUAAAAUUUAUGAAGAAAUCAUCACAAGACAUAAGUUUGAAGAACUAAAUAAAGACUUAUUUGAAAAAGUUCUAGAACCAAUAAAAACAGCGUUAAAUUUUGUGGAACUGGAAAAAAGUGAUAUAGAUGAAAUCGUUCUAGUGGGGGGUUCAACUCGUGUGCCUAAAGUUAGACAAAUUAUUCAAGACUUUUUUAGAAAACGUCCCAAUACGUCUGUGGACCCAGAGUUAGCUGUAGCAACUGGUGUUUCAAUACAAGCUGGAAUCAUAGGUGGCAUGUGGCCACUGACUGUCAGCGCCGUAGAGUUAGAAACUCGUGUUCAGAAGAUCCAUGUCUAG